CUAACUUCAGUGGUAGGUGUAACUACACUUUGUAUUAGGUAAAUUUGAGUAUCGUAUUUGCACAAUUUAUAUUUUAGUUGGUAGAAAAAGAGUUCGUAACAAAAAUGUCUAAAAUUAACGAUAGAGAUCGAGUUCCUAAUUACCAAACUUACAAAUUGGUAAUAGUUGGUGGAGGUGGUGUAGGAAAAUCAGCUAUAACUCUACAAUUCAUUCAGAGUUACUUUGCAGCUGACUAUGAUCCUACCAUUGAAGACUCUUAUACCAAACAAUGUGUCAUUGACGAUAUUCCAGCUAAAUUAGACAUAUUGGAUACUGCUGGCCAAGAGGAAUUUAGUGCUAUGAGAGAACAAUAUAUGAGAUCUGGGGAAGGAUUCUUGCUUGUAUUUUCAGUAACUGAAAGAUCUAGUUUUGAAGAAAUAUAUAAAUUCCAUAGGCAAAUACUUCGAGUGAAAGACAGGGAUGAGUUUCCCAUGCUUAUGGUGGGAAAUAAGGUUGAUCUUGAACACCAAAGGGGUGUUUGGCAAGAAGAAGCCCAGCAACUUGCUAGACAACUAAAAAUCCCGUACAUAGAAUGUAGUGCAAAAAUGCGGAUGAACGUCGACAAUGCCUUCUACGAAUUAGUACGAGUCGUUCGAAAAUUUCAAUUGUCCGAAAGGCCGCCUUUGAAGCCGAAUUACAUCAAGCGAAACAAAAAGAACUGUUGUCUUCUUUAAUCAUUCGGUUUUAUUCGUUUUGCCAUCACAUUUUAUCUUAGAUUUUAAACAACGAUCGGAGUUCCAUCACAACAAAUGGAAAAAAUUUAAUUGCCAA